AUGCCAAACAAAUGUUUUGUGCCAGGAUGCAAAACUGGCUAUGCCAGUUACAACAAAAAGUUAAAAGUAGAAAAUAAAAAACCACCUAUUUUAUUUCGUGCACCAAAGGAUAAUCAAUCUCUGGAAGUUUGGAACAAACAUAUUCCCCGUGAUGAUAAAUUAUUAAGUGAAAAAGAUUAUGUUUGUGAAUUACACUUUGAGGCCACUAGUAUUAUUAAAUAUGAUGAGUUCAAUAUUACUGAAGGAGUUGUAGAAAAACUAGAAAGGACUACUCCAAUGUUAAAAACAGAUGCAGUUCCUACAAUUUUUCCAGGUCUUCCGAAAUAUUUAACUACAACAAUAAAAAAACGUCCAGCACCAAAAUUACGUUUGAUAAAUCCUAUAAAAAAAGAAAAGAUUGAUGAGAAUAUUGUGUUAGAUUAUGAAGAGAAAAGUGAAACUGAAUAUAACAUUAGAAUUCUGCACCAAGAGGCCUCAACUAUUCCUCUUCCUGGAACCAUGUGGGGGAUUCACACUUCUCCAGGAAAAACUAUACUUGCUCAUUUAAAUUUGAAAUUAGAAUGUGAUAAAACUAUAGUAUUUACUGACAAUUGUAUACCUAUAGUACAUAUUUCAAAAAAGCUAGUUGAAUUUCCAGAAAUAAAAUGUAAUUUAGAUCUCCAAAAACUUGUACGAACAAUUGAUGAAUUAAUUCCUUGCACUGGAUAUACUGAGAACGGCUUUCUAUCUUCUGAAUGUAUUGGUUAUGUAAAACAAGAUCUGUCAUUAGCAAAAAAUUCUAAAAGAAAGAUAAGGUGUAUUAAUUGUAGCGAAUUAAGAAGAAAAAACCAACGAAAAUAUAAAAAAAAACCAAGAGUCAAAGUUAUUGCUUCUAAACUAAAAAUUAAAAGUGACCUACAUAGAAAACUUCCUCAUUGCAAAUAA